AUGGACGCGGAUCAAAAAAAGGAAUUGAGUGCUUUAAGGGUUAAAAGGGGAGUUUGCAAGAGUAAAUUGACAAGGUUAAAAAACUAUUUUGAGGGUUUAGAUGAGGGGCAAUUUGAUGAGAGAGAAUGGGGUAUUUUAGCCGCGAAAUUUGAGAAAUUUGAGGGGAUCUGGGAUGAAUUUGCCGCUUAUCAAACAGAUAUUGAGAUUUUAAUUGUGAAUGACAAUGAUAUUUUUGUACAAGAGAGUCAAGAAAGGGAUAUAUUCGAGGAUGGAUAUUGUACAUUAGUCGUAGAUAUUAAAAGCAUGUUGAAUAAGCAUUAUUGGAAAAAUAACGACGUUUUCAGAAAUUCCGAACACCUUGGCAACGCAGCGGCCACAUUCCAGCCUCCUCAAGACCCAAGAAGAGACCCCGAGACCGAGAAUCUCCGGGCUCUCCGGCACUCGGUAGCAGCCAGUGAACCUUUCCGCGCGGUACGACCCGAGAAUCGCGGUACCACGAUGUUUUACGCGAUCGUUUUCGUUUCACUUCUGGCAAAAUCCACCCUCGCGGAACCUUUACUAAGAACUUGCGAACCAAUUCGGGUGGAUUUAUGCAUGGGAUUAGGGUAUAAUAUGACGGGGAUGCCCAAUUUAGGGGGCAACGACGUCCAACAAGAGGCUGAUUAUAACUUAAAAUCGUACUCGCCUCUGAUCCAGUACGGGUGCAGUCAGCAGCUGAAGCUGUUUUUGUGUUCAGUUUAUGUGCCGAUGUGUACUGAGAAAGUCGCGAAUCCUAUUGGACCUUGUCGGGGACUUUGCGAAAGUGUUCGUUCCAGGUGUUAUCCUGUUUUACAGGGUUUCGGCUUUUCGUGGCCGGACGCCUUGAACUGCUCCCGGUUCCCGGUGGAAAACAACCACGAACACAUGUGUAUGGAGGGGCCCAAGGAAAAAGUCGACAUUAGGGCUCCCGUGGAACCAGCCGUGAGGAAAUUCGACUGUUCGCCUCACGGAUUGAGAAACGGCCUUCCGGAUUGCAAUCCGAGCCCUUGCGGCGCCGAUAAUAUGUUUGAUGAGUCUGAAAAACGAAUUGCUGAGGUCUGGAUCACUGUCUGGGCGUUAGCCUGCAUUGCCGCCAGUCUAGGGUCACUGCUAACCCUUGCUCUAGGCGGCGGAAGGGUCCGAGCGCCUCCUCUACUAGGCCUAUCGCUGUGCUACCUCCUGGUAGGAGCCGGAUGGGCUCUGAGGUCUUUUGCGGGACCUACCGGAGGCUCGUGCCGAAUUCCGAGUCCGACUGGCUUGAAAACGGACGACGGGUUACCGAAUGUGAUUUGCGCUUUCGUCUUUCUUUUGCUGUAUUAUUUCGGGAUGGCUGCAAAUGCUUGGUGGGUAUGUCUAUGCGCUUGGUGGGUGGCUAGAGCCGGAUUCUCCUGGACACCGGAAAAAAUGCGAAGUUUGACCACCAUCCUUAACGUGUGCACUUGGGGUUUUCCUGCCGCUCAAACCGUAGCCGCACUAGUGCAAAGGAACGUAGAUUCAGACGAAUUGACAGGUAAUUAA